UGAAACGAAUUGCCGGCGCGUGAGGCGCCACUGACCGCCUGUAUCCGGGGGGUCGUCCUCCACUACCUUCGCCGCUUAACGGCCCAAUGGGUGAAAGUCAUUGGGUCUACGAAUAUGCUCGAAGCUAGAAGCUUUCGAGCUUUAAGUGCACGGAGCACAAGCAUAGGUCGCUAAUUUAUUUGGAGGUAUUUUCCGAGAUUGUCACAUUUCGCGCGCAUUGGGCAACGUUGGAGGAAAGGUGAGGCUCGAUCGCAAGGUGACCGCGCCCAAGGGUCCUACCAGAUCAUGUCCCACCAUAGCGACGACAACAUGCUCAUAGCGACCUCGGAUUCGUUCUGGGAGCCGGGAAACUAUAAGCGCACGACCAAGCGCAUCGAGGACGGGCACAAACUCUGCGACAGCCUAAUCGCCCUCGUGCAGGAACGCGCGGAGAUCGAGAAAACGUACGCGAAGGCGCUCAAGGGAUGGUCGAAGAACUGGAAUGAGAAGAUCGAGAAGGGCCCGGAGUACGGGACGACCGAGGCCGCGUGGAAGGGCGUACUCAGCGAGUCCGACAGGAUCUGCGAUCUCCACCUCAGGGUAAAGGAGAACCUCUGCAACGACAUCAUAUUGCAGGUCAAGACGUGGCAAAAGGACACAUAUCAUAAGUCGAUGAUGACGCUAAAAGAGAGGAAGGAGAUGGAGGACGCCUUCAAAAAAGCUCAGAAACCCUGGGCGAAGAUCCUGCAGAAGGUGGAGAAGGCCAAAUCCGAGUAUCACAACAGUUGCAAAACGGAACGCACGGCUGCCAAUAUGGAGAGGAACGCCUCCGCCGAUAGUUCGCUAUCCCCGGAUCAGGCUGCACGAGGCUCUGAAGGCGUGAAGAAAAUGCAAGAUCGAGUACAAAAGACAAAAGAAGAAGUUCAAAAGGCCAAGGAAAAAUACGAAAGUGCACUUCAAGAGAUCAACCAGUACAAUCCGAAAUAUAUGGAGGAUAUGACUCAGGUAUUUGAAAAGUGUCAAGAAAUGGAGGCCCAACGAUUACAAUUCUUCAAAGAUGUACUUUUCGGCAUUCACAAAUGCUUAAACAUUUCCCAAGAUCCAUUGCUUCCUCAAAUCUACGAAGAGUUUUAUCAUACAAUCAAUAAUGCAGAUCAUGAAAAGGAUCUGAAAUGGUGGUCGAAUAACCAUGGAGUGAAUAUGGCUAUGGCCUGGCCGCAAUUUGAGGAUUACACCGAGGAAUUCCGCGACAUCACCAAGGGCUCCAAGUCGAAGGAGGCGCUGCCUGCCGGCUCCAUCACGCUAAUCAAUCAACGCCCCGUCGGCGAGGAUCUGCAUGAUUAUCCACCAGUGAACCACAAAACAAAAGCAAAACCCACCGGUAGGGUUAUAUCGACGGAUGCUAAUCACAGCGACGGCAAAACGGACACAAUCGGAUCCACGAAGCCCACCGCCGAAAAAAAUAACCACGAUGGGAAUUCAGUCAAUAGGAAUUCUACAAUUACGAAUGGCACUAAUAAUGUUAAACAGGAGACGAAUCCCUUCGAAGAGGAGGAGUGGGACGAAGACGCAGCAGAGCCGUUAGUCGACAAUGGUGAGCCAGGAGUUCCAGUUCGGGCGCUUUACGACUACGAAGGAGCGGAAGCGGAUGAACUUAGUUUCAAACAAGGUGACGUUUUUGAGAAGCUGGAGGAUAAAGACGAGCAGGGCUGGUGCAAAGGUAGGAAAGAUGGAAGAGUGGGUCUGUAUCCGGCAAACUACGUGGAUCUCGUUUCUGCGUAAAUCCAACACUGUUAUGCCAAUAACAAAAAAGAGAUUGAAGGGGAAAUAAAAUACUUCGCAUAUAAACGAAUUAUAUUCAAGCCAAAUCAGCAACGGAAGAAAGAAAGAGCACUUAUCCAUUGUAAUCCUGUGCGUCAUACGAAUUUCACGCGGAGAGAAAAAAUAAAAUGAUAAAAUGCAAACACACUCGACACACUCACGUACAUACACGCAAUAUAAAAAUGUGUAAAAUCGAGAAACUUUUGCCCAAAGUUCCCCUUUAUUCUUGUGUAGCGUGUUAUCAUAUCGAGAUUACUUAAAAGAUUCGUCGUACCCUGCGGACGAUAAAUAAAUGAAUGAUAAAAAGUAAAUAAACGCGAUUUUUUUCCUUAGGUAGUUUACAUCAUAGUGAGAAAUCUGUCGCUAAUAUUUACAUGUAGUUGGUUAUUAGAACAGAAACAGUUCGAGGGAGACAAAAUAAGAGAAACGUGUACAGUCAGAGCAGUAAGAGAAAAUGAAAGGGGGCGAGAGAGCUUUUUUUACAUUUUAAUUUUUUUUUUCUUCUUUCGUAAUCAAGAUGAUUAUUAUUAUUAUAAUUACUGCUAUUAUUAGUUGAACGAUGAAUACUUGACGAAAAGCUUCCUUUCCCUCUUCCCGAAUGAGAGAUUUGCGAGUAUAUAUCCUUAUUUCGAGAGUACGAGAGCGAGAUUUGUGUAUUUAAUUUAUUGUCGCGAUUUAAGGGCGACCCAAAGUCGAAUUAAAAACGUAUAUAAAAAUAUUCUGAAUGGUGUCAUUGUACAUAAUAGUAUUAAAUGCAUAGCUAUACAUU